AUGAACCCAACAAAGCAAAGACAAUAUGCACAUCUGGCACAACAAUUAAAGCUUUUAAAUCAAAAUUUGGAGAAAACUACUGAAGAAUUAAAUAUAAUGUCUUCACAAUGUAAUAAAAAUAUCGUUGGUCAAAUUGGUAAGAUUCAUUCCAGUUGGUUUAUUGCAAGUAAUAGAUAUUUUGAGAAAGAGAUGCUUGGGGAAGGCAGGUGA